UCUUCAGUCAGUACUCGCACGCCUCCGUUGUCGUUUGUGUCGUGUACCGAGCUCGUCUCGCGAAUUUCUUUUCGGCGCCGCAUUUACGUGUUUUCCGCGCGCGUUUAAUACCGCACGAUACUUUGGCUUAUCGACAUAAUUUUUUUUUCGUGUGUGCUAUUUUAUCAUUUUUAUACACGUAUUGCUGUAAAAUAGGUUUUUUUUGAUUUUUAUUCUUAUAGUUAUUAAUUUUUUUUCUAAAUCGUCUUCUCCGAAUAAACACGGGUGCUAAUCGUGUCGGUAUAGUAUAAUAUACCUACGGGGAGGUGAAAAUUAUUGUCUCGUUUUCGCCAUAAGUGUCCGUGAAGGAUAAUGUUCGAACCGGUGUCGGCGGUCGGACCCCGCGGGAAUUUCCAGCAGAUCACUUAACGCGAAAGCGGCGACUGCGUAUUAUAGGGAAACACACAGCACCUCCUCACGACUUUGCAGGCUCUUCCGGUUCAGACCGUGAUCCAGUUGUCGCAGACGGUACCGAACAGCAACACCACUACAACCGCCAUCACCACCACCACCACCACCAACGCACUGCAAGUACAUGGCGGCCGAACGACAGCAGACGUCGACGGUCCGACAGGCGUCAGCGGUCGGCCGGUGGGCCGUGACCGCGGCGCUUUGUCUGGCGGUCGCGGUAUACGCGUGGCACGCGCAUUCGGUCUUGGAGCGCCGCGUGGCCACGCUGGAAGCCGCUGUAGCGGCCAUGCAGCUGCGGCUGUCGGGCGAUUACCAGACGGCGGCCGCGAUGGGACUCGCGGAUCAGCCGCUCAGGAGCAAGCGGGACGCGACGUCCGGACAGUGCCUGUGCCCUCCCGGGCCUCCUGGUAAACGGGGAAAGCGAGGGAAGAAAGGCGACACCGGCGAUCCAGGACCAGCGGGCCCGGCAGGUCCACCUGGAAAAAAUGGUUUUCCGGGCUCAAAAGGAAUGAAAGGGGCCAGAGGUUCAAUGGGACCCAUUGGAUUGGACGGACCAAAAGGCGACGUUGGUCAUCCGGGUGACAAAGGACAGAAAGGCGAUUCCAGCGCUCCGAAUUUUGACAUAUAUGCCGCGGUUAAGGGAACCAGCAGUAAACGAUCUGUUACAACAUUGAGAGGAGGUACUCUCGGAUACGCAGAAAUCGUAGCCGUUAAGGGUGAGCCAGGAGAGCCAGGACCGCCAGGGCCUAUUGGGGCACGAGGACCCGAAGGAGCAAUGGGGGUGGAAGGUAAACAAGGACCACCCGGCGCUCCAGGAUUGGUUGGACCGAAGGGCGACCGAGGAGAACAAGGGCUGCAGGGCACACCUGGUCUACCUGGACCAAUUGGCGAAAAAGGUCUUAGAGGCGAUAAAGGUGAUCGAGGAUUGACGACGACGUUAAAAGGCGAUCAAUUCCCAACAGGCAUUAUCGAGGGUCCACCAGGACCACCGGGACCACCUGGAUUACCAGGUCACAACGGCACGGACGGUAUCUCGGAACCAGGUUUACCGGGACCCCAAGGACCUCCCGGCCUGCCAGGCUUAUCGGGUCCUAAAGGCGAAAAGGGAGAUUAUGGAGACAUUGGACCUCCCGGUUUAAUGGGACCUCCUGGUUUACCAGGUCCACCUGGAUAUCCAGGCCAAAAGGGUGACAAAGGUGACAAAGGCGAGUCGAAAUACAACAAUAAGAAGAUCAGAAGACGACAAUUCCAAGGCGACGGCGCUUUCGAAACGAUUAAUGAACCACAGUUAGUGGGACCUCCUGGACCACCUGGACCGCCUGGAUUACAAGGUCCUCCUGGUAUUAAAGGCGAACGAGGCAAAGACGGCGACAAAGGCGAAAUAGGUGAAAAAGGAUCUAAAGGCGAUCCUGGCCCAAUGGGUUUACCCGGCCCAAUGGGACCCAGAGGAGAUUCCGUCCAAGGAAAGACCGGCCCGACGGGUCCUCCAGGACUGGACGGGAUGAAGGGUGGUCAAGGGGAGCCCGGUACCAAAGGGGAACGCGGAGAUCCUGGCCUGCCUGGUACGGAUGGCAUUCCUGGUGGUGAGGGUCCCAAAGGAGAAAAAGGUUAUAAAGGCGAACCUGGUCCGAUCGGUAAAAAAGGCCGUAAGGGCGACAGAGGUGACAAAGGUGAUCAGGGAGUACCGGGACUAGACGCACCGUGCCCCAUCGGACUGGAUGGGUUGCCGCUGCCUGGAUGCGGUUGGAGGCCACAAAAGGAGCCGACGACUACGACGAAAUCGUACCGGUCGCAGACCACUGCAGAACCACCAGCCGACGAUUAUGACGAAAACGGCGGUGGCGGAGGCGGUAGUGACGAGGAAACUGGUGGUGAUUAUGGUGACGAGUACACCGACGAGACGAACAAUUAUGACCCAAACGUGAAAUAAUAACAUAACUUGCGUUUGUUGUGUCAGAGAAGUUCAACGUCGACGACAACAAACUGCUUUAAACCAAAGUUUGGUGUACAUAUUUUUAUAAUGUUAUUGAUCACCAUCGACUUACGACAGGAUCAUUGUGCACCGCAGUUAUUACGUCAUUAUGUUAAUUAUAUAUUUUAAACUAAGUAAAUGUAAAUAAAUUUUAUAUAAAAACAUAUUUCUGUUCAGAUCAGCUCAGCUCAGUUGUUGUAAUAGGAACCAUGAUUUAUGCAAACGAAUGGAUUUAUUAUAUUUUUAUCGUGUUUGAGUACAAUAAUUAUAUUAUAAAUCAAAACCUUUUGUGUUAUGUCCCUUUCCACUCAAAAUCAACCCAGUUCCUCGAUAGGUAACUUAUAAUACUGACGAUCAUUCAUCGACAUCUGUUUUUAAUCUGUGCAUACUAUACUAAGGAAUUUUAAACUAUGUUAAAACAAUAAUAGUUUUGAGUAACAUAAUAUUGAAUUCUUGUUUUGGUAUUCAUUAUUUGCUGUUUAAAACUUUUAUUACAAAAAUAAUAUAAUUAACCGUAAAACCUACAUUAUAUAUUUUGUUACUGAAUUAUAAUUUUAGCUUUCAGUCCUCAAUACUUGGAUAUUUUGUUGUUCACUCCAAUUAUUAAUUUAUUACAAAUAUGUGUAA